CCUCAAAUUUAAUUUAUUUACUUCCUUUCCUUUCCUUUCUCUUCUUGUUCUUUAGGAAAGAUUGUCUUUAGAUUACCAAAGUUUAAGUAACGAUGGUUGUUCCAAGAUUAUUUAACACUGCUACACGCAAUGCAUUCACUGCUGCUAAGCGUAACCUCAUGUUCAACAGAGGUUUAGCUACUGCUGCUCCAGUCGGUAAAGUCAGAGCUGUUAUCGGUGCCGUUGUCGAUGUUCAAUUCGAAGAAGGUAACUUACCAGCUAUUUUAAAUGCUUUAACCUUAAAAAAUGGUGAUAAUGAUUUAGUCUUAGAAGUCGCUCAACAUUUAGGUGAAAGUACCGUCAGAACCAUUGCUAUGGAUGGUACUGAAGGUUUAGUCAGAGGUGCUGUUGUUACUGAUACUGGUGCUCCAAUUUCUGUCCCAGUUGGUAGAGGUACUUUAGGUAGAAUUAUUAAUGUUGUUGGUGAACCAAUUGAUGAAAGAGGUCCAAUUGAAUGUAAACAAAGAAACCCAAUUCAUGCUGAUCCUCCAACUUUUGUUGAACAAUCUACUAAUGCUGAAGUUUUAGAAACUGGUAUUAAAGUUGUUGAUUUAUUAGCUCCUUAUGCUAGAGGUGGUAAAAUUGGUUUAUUCGGUGGUGCUGGUGUCGGUAAAACCGUUUUCAUCCAAGAAUUAAUUAACAACAUUGCUAAAGCCCAUGGUGGUUUCUCUGUUUUCACCGGUGUUGGUGAAAGAACUAGAGAAGGUAAUGAUUUAUAUCGUGAAAUGAAAGAAACUGGUGUUAUUAAUUUAGAAGGUGAUUCUAAAGUCGCAUUAGUUUUCGGUCAAAUGAAUGAACCACCUGGUGCUAGAGCUAGAGUUGCUUUAACCGGUUUAACCAUUGCUGAAUAUUUCAGAGAUGAAGAAGGUCAAGAUGUCUUAUUAUUCGUUGAUAAUAUUUUCAGAUUUACUCAAGCUGGUUCUGAAGUUUCUGCCUUAUUAGGUCGUAUUCCAUCUGCUGUCGGUUAUCAACCAACUUUAGCCACUGAUAUGGGUCUUUUACAAGAACGUAUUACCACCACCAAAAAAGGUUCUGUUACUUCUGUCCAAGCUGUUUAUGUCCCAGCUGAUGAUUUAACUGAUCCUGCUCCUGCCACCACUUUUGCCCAUUUAGAUGCUACUACUGUCUUAUCAAGAGGUAUUUCAGAAUUAGGUAUCUAUCCAGCCGUCGAUCCAUUAGAUUCUAAAUCAAGAUUAUUAGAUGUUGCUGUUGUUGGUAAAGAACAUUAUGAUGUUGCCACUAAUGUUCAACAAACUUUACAAGCUUAUAAAUCAUUACAAGAUAUUAUUGCUAUUUUAGGUAUGGAUGAAUUAUCUGAAGCUGAUAAAUUAACUGUUGAAAGAGCUAGAAAAAUUCAAAGAUUCUUAUCUCAACCAUUUGCUGUUGCUGAAGUUUUCACUGGUAUUUCCGGUAAAUUAGUUAGAUUAGAAGAAACUAUUAAAUCAUUCAGAGAUGUUUUAGCCGGUAAAUACGAUCACUUACCAGAAAAUGCUUUCUAUAUGGUUGGUGGUAUUGAAGAUGUUGUUGCCAAGGCUGAAAAAUUAGCUGCUGAAUCUAAAUAGAUUUAAAUUCACCAUAGUCAUUUUUACAUCCCCCCCAUCAAAAUCUCAUUCCAUCCAUAUUAAAAAGAAGAACACUUUCUUUGAUUCAUAAAAAAGCUUUCAUUAUAUGUUUUUAUACAACCUCCAUUUUUAUAUAAAGGAUAUAUAAUUUUUUAUUAAAAAAGAAAAUUUAACGUUAUUAUUUAGAUACUAUUUAUU